UCGAUGUUCAGUGUUGCUUGUCGUCGGUCAUCAUGUCUAACAGCGGAAAAAGUUCAGAAUCUAAGGAAAAACCGAGAAUUUUUUAUUUUCAAAGUUUAAGAAUUGAAUUGUAUAAAGAUCACAAGGUUAAGCUUAAAAGACGCUGGCAUAGAGAUGACGAAAGUCCUGGAAGUUCUGAUGAAGAAUUGGUUCAAUUAGCAAAUAGUAUCGUCAAUUUCAAAUAUUUUUAUGAAAAUGACGACGACGAAACUGCUAGGCGAAGGAUCAGGGAAGAUCGGGAAGCUAUAGAUCAAUUAAAUGAAAGAAAUGAGAGAAGGCGAAGAGAAGAAGAAUUGAAGAAACCAAUUGUUUGCAAAUUGUGCGCGAGUACCAUAAUAAGAGGCGACGAAAUUACUUUAGAGGGGUGUAAUGACGUUUUCUGUGAUAUCUGCAUAAAAUCUUCAAUUUUAAAAAGCACAGAUUAUGCCAUAAAGUGUCCGUUCCCUUACUGUGUUCAACAAAUUUCCAACAAUGAAUUGAAAAGAAUUCUUGGCGAUGUUGAUUAUCAAAAAUUUGCUAUUCAUUUAUUAGAAUGCAAACUCAAUGGCCUCAAUACUGAAGAAAAAAAUCUACCUGAGAAAUUACCUCAAGCCAUGUCAAAACAGGAUAAUUACAAUCCCCUAACAAUUAACAAGCCUGUAACCAUCAAACAGGAACGAACCACAGAUGAACGUUCCGAAACGCCCUCUGAUUCUUCAGAAAUGGGAGCAGCCGGAUUGUGGGCCAAAAAUCAAAAUCAUUCAAGUUUUGCUGAUGAUCAACUUAUCAACAUAAAUGAAGAAACAGAACCAAGGGAAAAGAAAAUUAAGAUUGAAAAUCAGCUGACAAUUCCAGCUUCUGGCUAUCUGACCAACCCUGAAGACUUUGUUUGUUCAAUUUGUUAUAAUUUUGUGAAAGUAGGAGAUGGUGUGGCGUUAAGAAGAUGUCGACAUCAGUUCUGCCAUCCAUGUUUGAUAAACGCAGUGGAAGUCAAUGCAAGUCUUCAUGUCCUUUGUCCAAUGAAGAUAACAAAAUGUGGAGACGAAGUUCUUCACACAGAAAUUCGAUCUUUGUUGAAGAAAGACGCAUAUGACAAGUUUAUAGGAUUGAUUAAUCAAUCAGUUCAAAGCAGGCACACGAUGAGCAGUAGAAAAUCUCUUUUGGAACUGGAAGAACUCGAAAAUGUAGUUUAUGUUGAGAAUCGCAGUAAAUUUGACUGUCCAAUUUGUCUCACAGAAAUCAAAAUUGGUGAUGGAAUUGUGUUGAAGAAUUGCUUGCAUGAAUAUUGUAAGAUUUGUCUUGCUCGAACAAUUGAGACUUCCGAUGAAGUCAUUGUGCCAUGUCCAUUCGUUGCUGAGGAUGGAAUUCAUUGUGCUGGCACAAUUCAAGAUCUUGAGAUGAGAUAUCUGGUCGCUCCUGAAGUUUACGAAGCACAUCUUCAGAAGUCUUUAACAAGAGCUGAAGCAAUUAUCAAAGAUUCGUUUCAUUGUCAAACGCCAAACUGUCCUGCGUGGGUGGAACUUGCUGGCGCACAAAAAUUUCAUUGUGUGGUUUGUAAAAAGGAAAAUUGCGUGAAAUGUAAGGCUGUUCACGAAAAUAAGACUUGUGAAGAAUACUAUUAUGAGACAAAUGCUGAUGCUCGUAAAUCUCGUGAUAUUCGAUUGACAGAAACAAAAAUUCGUAGUCUUGUUAGCUCCAAAACAGCAAUGCCAUGCCCAGGAUGUGGUAUCAUCAUUCAAAAGAAUCAAGGCUGUAAUCAUAUGAAAUGUACACAAUGUAAACUUGAUUUCCAAUGGUUUGGACUUCAGUAAACCUUCAACCUUCUUCCUACUUGUCAUCAAAUCAAACUUUUUCAUCUUCUUUCUUGAUUGACAUGAAACUGGAGGAUCUUCAAUAUCUACGCAAUAUUCCACCGCUUAAUUUAUCAACGAAAGGGAAAGAAAAGUCGGAAAUUGUUUUCCUUGUAACAUUUAAUGAGUUCUAUGUCCGCCUUUCCCUCUCGCCCUUUCUUUAAUUACAUCGAGAAAUGUGUCAAAUAAAACUUUUUCUUUUUUUCAUUCAUUGCAAA